UUGUUACCGAGGAGCUUAAAGCCUGCGCAUUUCGCACUUUCGUGCCAGUAUCGUCGUGAAAAUACUUUCAACAUGUUGAAGAGCGUCUGCAUUUUCUUACUCCUGAGUGUGAUCCACUCGGGAGCCUGCGAAGAAGAAGAUUAUCAUCCUCAUCCUCCUCCUCACCCUCCUCGCCCUCCUCACCAUCACCACCACUACCACCAUCAUCCACAUCAUGACGACUUAUCCGAUCCCAGAUGCGACUGCCAAAUCCCAACGAGCCCGAACGACUACAACACUCCACUAUUCAAGAUGAUCCAAAUCAAGCCUCACCUCGCAUUCGAAAUGCAGUUCGCCUAUCCCCACGUAGAUGGGCCUGUCAAUUCGACAUUCCCGUCAUCGAGGGUCCAACUCCUCUGUGCCAACAACGGUACCAUCGCAAUCAACUCCCAGCCGCUACCGAUAGUUUCCACAGCCGUAGUAAAAUGCGUUCGCCUGGAUAACGACGUUUGCACUCAUCGUUUGUACACUCCAUGGAACACCUACCUUAUGGAUUUCAAGUCGUUCUCGGAUAUCAGCUGCACUGUGAACCAAGUGUCAGAGGCUCAUUCGGCGGUCGUGAUAUCAGAUCAAUUCGGCGUGUGCAAACGUGCUAACAAUACUUGCACGACCUGUGUGACCAUCGGUUUUCCGGUAACACAGAUUCCAGGACCCAGGUUCUUCAUGCCAGCUAUCAAUUUCAUUGCGGUAGACGGGUCAAAACUGCAGCCUCUGGUGGCACAGGGUCAUCUGCCAUCGUCGUUGCAUGGACAUGGACACAAAGCUGACAGUAAUCAGGAGUUGAGGAAAGGUCCGAUAUUCCGAGGCACCACUCUCAAUUUGAAGGAGGUGUUCCAGAGAGAUUAUCAAAGGAAGAGGUUUCUCGAGAUUUUCGGGAACCAGAAGCUGGUCGAUGUCUACAUUCCGGAGACAGGCAAUUUCCAUCUUACUGCUGCACAGCUGAUCGCCGAGCAAGACCUCUUCUACAAAGUUCAGAAGCCCACGGCGCUCUUCUACGAGAACACAGUACCGAUCUGGCGAGACGUUGCAACCGGUAACUGGAAACUUGCCAGCGAGUUCUUGAGCAAAUUGGCCGCUGAGAAGCAUCAAGGGUUCGCUUACUACUCGGGCGUCAUCGACAUUCUCGAGUUGGCCGACCAGCAAGGAAACGGGAAGAGGAUUUUCCUGGCUCAUGGACAAGAUGGUGAGCCACUGAUACCGGUGCCCAAGCUUCUCUACAAGUACAUCGUGGCAAAGAAACCCGGCGAACCGCAUAAGCAUCACGCUUUAGUUCUGAUAACGGUGAACGAUCCACGACUACGUCUCGCUGACAUCAAAGAGGUAAAACGAGGCUAUAUAAUACCCAACUGCAACCCGAAGCCGAUCUGCCAACAGAUGCAGCCCGAAUUUGCGGAUCCAAGCCGAGGAUACACCUACUGCUGCAGUGCCGAGGAAUUUUCAUCCUUUGCUGAGCAGUUCGGUCUACCACACGCUCACAAUUCCGAGAUGAUCUUAUAAACCGACUGUCAAAUAAAUAAUUAGUAUACCCUUACAUUGAGUCCCAAGCACUUAGCUUCCUUAUCGUAUUAUGUUUUCAAUUUUUUGGAACAAAAAAAUAAAGUAAGUUUGAUUAAAAAA